CUUAGUCCAUCAUCAAACAUAACUCUCAUAGUGUACCAAUCUUAACAUUGAACCUUAGUCCAACCCAAAAAUAACAACAUGGGCAGUGUUGAAAUCCCAACAAAGGUUCUUACAAACACAUCUAGUCAAUUGAAGAUGCCAGUGGUUGGAAUGGGAUCAGCCCCUGACUUCACAUGUAAGAAAGACACAAAAGAUGCAAUCAUUGAAGCCAUCAAACAAGGUUAUAGACACUUUGAUACUGCUGCUGCAUAUGGCUCAGAACAAGCUCUUGGUGAAGCUUUGAAAGAAGCAAUUGAACUUGGUCUUGUCACUAGACAAGACCUUUUUGUUACUUCUAAACUUUGGGUUACUGAAAAUCAUCCUCAUCUUGUUAUUCCUGCUCUUCAAAAAUCUCUCAAGACUCUUCAAUUGGACUACUUGGAUUUGUAUUUGAUUCAUUGGCCACUUAGCUCUCAGCCUGGAAAGUUUACAUUUCCAAUUGAUGUGGCAGAUCUCUUACCAUUUGAUGUGAAGGGUGUUUGGGAAUCCAUGGAAGAAGGAUUGAAACUUGGACUCACCAAAGCUAUUGGAGUUAGUAACUUCUCUGUCAAGAAACUUGAAAAUCUUCUCUCUGUUGCCACUAUUCUUCCUGCAGUCAAUCAAGUGGAGAUGAACCUUGCAUGGCAACAAAAGAAGCUUAGAGAGUUUUGCAACGCAAACGGAAUAGUGUUAACUGCAUUUUCACCAUUGAGGAAAGGUGCAAGCAGAGGACCAAAUGAAGUUAUGGAGAAUGAUAUGCUUAAAGAGAUUGCAGAUGCACAUGGAAAGUCUGUUGCACAAAUUUCUCUAAGAUGGUUAUAUGAACAAGGAGUCACUUUUGUUCCCAAGAGUUAUGAUAAGGAGAGAAUGAACCAAAAUUUGUGUAUCUUUGAUUGGUCAUUGACAAAGGAGGAUCAUGAGAAGAUUGAUCAAAUUAAGCAAAAUCGUUUGAUCCCUGGACCAACCAAACCAGGCAUCAAUGACCUCUAUGAUGACUAAAUAUAGAAGAAUUAAUGAUGUCAAAGUCCUUUAAGUUUGCUUAAAAAUUAUGUUUUUAAUUUAAAUAUUGAAUUCUUGUUGCUUGAGCUUGGAAUUACCGUUGUUUUAAAUAAUCAAUUUUCCAUUUCAUUUUCUCCAAGUUAUUUUAUCGUAGUAUUUUAUCUUACUCUAUCUUGAAAUUUGUAUGUGAUGUAAUUGCAUUGUCUUAUUUAUUCAAUUUAAUUAA